AUGCCAGAUUCCCAUGAAAACAUACCUAUCGUCAGAUACCAAGGAUCGCCACAGUUGCACUGGUUCCUUGACUGGUUGCACCCUGAAUAUUUGGGAUAUCACAACCAGGGAUGGGAUCGACCAACUCUCUCGGAUGUUGAUGAGAAAGCCCGUGUCAAGUUGGGCUCAGUGUGGAGAGCACGAUCGCGGAAUCGAUAG